AGAGAGAGAGUCAGCGAGAGAGAGGGCGAGCGAGCAGAGCAGGAAGCAGCCUGCUGACGGGGAGUGGUCCGGCGUAUAAAAGCGGCACAUCUUCCCUGAGUUCUGCACUUGUUUCUGCCUCACUUCUUCCUCAGUCCUCAGACUCUACCUGCACAGGAUGUCGUGGCAGCAGUACAUCGAUACCCUGAAGGCCCCCGAUCAUAACAAUCAGGUCCCCGUGGCAGAGGCCGCCAUCUGCGGCAUCGCACCCGGGAGCGAGGGCAUCUGGGCCUCCACACCCGGACUGGCCUCCAUCUCGGUGGAUGAGAUCAAGAAGCUGGCAGGCAGACGAGACACAUUUGCCCAAAAUGGUGUGCACAUCGCUGGACAGAGGUGCCGGCUGAUCCGGGACCAGAUGGACAUGGAAUCAGUCUACACUCUGGACCUGAAGACGGCCGCUGACGCCAAUGGAGAUACCUUCGGGGUGUGCGUGGGCAGGAGCCUACAAGCCAUAGUCAUAGCUAAGGGCACAAAGGAAGCCAGCGGAGGUCAGCUGUCCAGCAAAGUCUUCACUGUCGUCGACUACCUCAGGAAGUCAAAGUUUUAGCCAGCACCCCCACCAGCAGCUGAACCGGGACCCCCAUUCCCGAUCUUCAGUAGUCUUUUUUCAAUCCUUCUCACAUUCCCCCCAUUGGCGGACAAAGCCUAGGGUCCGCCGGACAGGGCAAGCGGUGUAGCGUCCUGGUCUGCACGAAGGUCCAAUCCCAGUUCUGUGGACUCCACCCACACCUGAACCAAAUAAAGAUAAACCUGUUGAAAGU